UUUAUCUCUCUCUUCCUUCUUUCUUCUUUCUUUUCCUUCUCCGAACAAUUUACCCUCCGUUUGAAAGUGGGUAUCCUUUCUCUAUUUCAUACUCAAAACUCUUUUGUACUUUGAAAGCCUUCACAGUUAGAUUCUGACCUUUGAAUUUGAAAAGGGGUCCUCAAUUCUUACUAUUUGCCAUUGACUAUUUAAAUUUCCUAUCAAGAAACAAGGAACUCAAGACCUAUUCUCUUCUCAUCAUCUUUUGGUUGUGACUCUUUUCUUCCUCUGUUUUUUUUAUCUUGUGAUCUUCUGUUAUGUUUGCCAAUACUGCUUACUUUCCGGGUUAUCCUCAAUCUCAAGCUCCCAAUACGUCUGGUAUGAACGCGUCUCAAACUCAAGUACCUGACCACUCACAACUUAAUCUACCCAACCCUGCUGGUAUGACUGGUAGCUUUCAUGGUGCUCUUCCGCAAGAUUAUUCUCAUGGAAAAACAAAAAGAAAACAAGUCAAGAACGCCUGUGUCAAUUGUCAAAAGGCCUGCAAAAAGUGUGAUGAACAAAGACCUUGUCCUCGUUGUGUCAAGUAUGGACUAACUGAAACAUGUGUGAACUCAGUACGCAAGGAACGAAAGAAGGGUAUCAAGCGUGGUCCUUAUAAGAAAAGAAAACAAGGGGCUAAUACAUCUACUGAUUCUUCUGCUGCCACUACACCAAACAUGUCUGUCCCUGCCUUAUCAAAUGGUAUGUACUCCACUGCCACUUCAGGUGUCGCCGUUAGCCGAGCCGGUAAUGCUCCCAUUGCAUACCAACCAUAUGGCAACACCGCUCAGUUUGAAACUUUCGCCAACUUCCAAAAUGGUGCUCAAUACCUACCAUACAACAUUUUGAACAAUAUGAAUACUAUGUUACAACAAGCUGCUGCUGCUAAUGCCAAUGGUGCCAAUGAAGCGGAGGGUCAACAACAACAACAGCAACAACAGCAACAACCACAAACACAAUCACAACAAACACAGCAACAACAACAACAACAGCAAGAAACUGCGGAUAACAGAGCUGAUGCGGAUGAAAAUGGAAAGUUAAGCAUUCUCUCUCAACUUUGUACAGCUGUAUUGGAUCGUGCACCUACCAAUGAUUCUUCUUCUACGGUCAAUAACAACGAAAACAACAACAACAACAACAACAACAACAACAGUAAUGAUACCUCCAUUGUGAAGGACGAAACUAGCGAAAAGGUGAACUCAACCUCUCCACAAAGUAGCACUCAUGAAGCACCUGCCAAUGGAUCAACUGAAACCGAUAAUGCGGUUACUGAAGACAAGAGCAAAAAGGAAAAUGAUGGUGAAAAUGGCACUUCCAACCCUGAUGACAAAUGAAUUUUAUAGUUUAUUGAUAUUCUAUUGAUUAGUCUCUCCCCUCACUCUAUUUUUUUUUUAUCUAUAUCGUUUUUCUGUUUUUAUAUAUUACUUGAUUUGUUGGUUUCCCUCUCUCAAGUAUGUUUUACUCCCCUCAUUAGAUAUACUUUCUUUUUGUCCGUGACUAUUUCAUCUCAAAAAUGAAUAAAUACUUUUUUUUUUAUCUAUUCA